AAGCCCUAGUCCUCUAAGCCUAAUUCUAUUUGCUUCGUCUUCAUUUCACCCAAAAUCCUAGGGUUUUUUAAUUUUUCAUUUCCUCUCUGUGAAAAAGAAUGACGAAGUUGAGGAAGCUAAAUCGGCCCACGGGGCACCGAAUUUCCAUGCUCAGAACAAUGGUGUCCCAGUUGGUGAAGCAUGAGCGUAUCGAAACCACUGUUGCCAAGGCAAAAGAAAUUCGGCGGCUUGCUGAUAACAUGGUGCAGCUUGGAAAAGAGGGUUCCCUUUGUGCUGCUAGGCGUGCUGCAGCUUUUGUGCGAGGAGAUGAUGUCAUUCACAAACUAUUUACAGAACUGGCUUAUCGAUACAAAGAUAGAACAGGUGGAUACACAAGACUACUGCGGACUCGUAUUCGAGUUGGUGAUGCUGCUCCAAUGGCCUAUAUUGAGUUUAUCGACCGAGAUAAUGAACUUAGACAGUCGAAGCCCCCAACUCCUCAGCCACCACAAAAAGCUCCCCUUGAUCCUUGGACAAGAUCCAGGCUCCAAAAGCAGUUCGCUCCACCUAAAGAGGAGAAAUCAGAGCCUGAGAUAUGAAUCCUUACAUUGUGAACAUGAGAUUUUGUUUCAUAGUUAGCUUGGAGCCAUUGGAACAUCCUAAUUUCUUCUAGGCUCUAUUCAUUUUAGCUGAAGAGUGCUGAAUCAUGUAAAAUAAAUCAUGUGUAAACCCUUUCACACAGUUUUAAAAAAUUUCAUCAUCUGUUUUGUUUGGUUUUCAUAGAAAUAUCAGGAGUCUAAAAGGGAAUUGGAAAGUAGUUUGAAUUCAUGUUAUAAGUACUGAAUUAGUGAAUUGUUGGUUAUUAUUGUUAUCAGCACUUAAGGAAUUGUACUUAA